UCGUUCUUUUCAGGUGACCGAGCACUACAAGUUUAUCAGAAGCAGCAUCCUAACUUCACAAUUGUUGGUUUCUUCGAAGAAGCGGGUUUCAACUGUACAGAAACGAUGAAACUGUGCUCAUUUGGUGGUCGACAGUUUGACUGCUGUAAGUUCAUAAAGCCGUUAUUGACCAAUCUUGGUAAUUGCCUUUCACUGGAUAUGAGAAAUGCACGUGAAUGGAUGCGAAAGCAGACGGUUGCCGGAGUGAAUGCGGGACUUCAAAUAGUUCUUGACGUUUCAUAUGGAGGAGCAGUUCGACGGUUCCGAAGGUAA